AUGGCGGCUUGCAGUAGUGUGAAUGUGGACUUCAUAUUAUUGAUCCUGCUGCUUGUACCCGUAAUCGCCGCUUCAUCAGUGCAUUCAGAGGAUCGAACGAUAUCCAUUGUGUACAAUCCCAAUUGCACCACCGAUGCAUGCCACAAUACAUCAGAUUAUAAGAAUCUUGUAUACGUGAAAGCAGAGGGCACGCAGGAUAUCAUACACUACCUAUGGAGUUCAAUCGGUGCUCCCACAAUCCUUUUAGUGAGGACAUCAAAAGAUGCCGAACUACGAGUGAACUGGGAUAAAGUGUUAAAUUCAGAAAAUGGCGGUAUAGUGUUUGUACCAAGUUCUGAAGUGACGUACUCAAUGGCAUUGGUUAUAUCUAGGCUCAUUGAGUAUAAUGACAGUAACAAUAAUGCCGAUUUAGAGACGAAGAAUACCACGAAGCAUGUCACAUUACUGCAAAAUUUACAAUGGCAAGAUAUGAGUCUUUCCAUCAACGAAACAAAGCACACAGCUCUGAUGAUGACAACGCUGUAUCAGCCGUUACUCAAAGAAAAUGGUACAAUCUCGAUACAGCUGAGAGCGUUUGCAACCCAUGACAGAUCCGAUAUACUGCCGCAUUUAUUGUAUACAUCCAACACAACCCAAAUGGAUGUCAGUUUAAAUGGAUUAGUACCGAUGUAUAAAGCAUCAAGAUUUGCAAUUGAAAUGCUAGCCAUUAAAAAUGGACAUAAUGCUAAAAAGAAUAUCAGUAUACACAUGAGUCGAUCCAUCGAUGAUGAAUACACGCCAGGCAUGUUUAAGGUUUAUGAGUUACAUCUACCAUCGCAGCCACCUUCACAUUAUGGAGGUUACUGUCAAUGGAAACCAGUAUGUUACGGGAACCAAAUCAGAGAUCUUGCCAAUGCCUUGGAGGUAAAAUAUUAUGAUGAAAAAUACACAGACGUGUACAUUCCAAGCAGCAUUAUCAAUAAUUAUUUUGUUAUGGAUCAAGUGGAUAUGACAAGUUUUAAUAUUUCAUUUGGAACGCCAAAAGACGGGUUCUAUAAUGCUACACGCUACACAGGAUGGACAGUGAAUAUAGCCUAUGGUACGCCACCAGAAGAUCAGUUAUCGCUACUAAUUAUUAUCGUAAUCUCUGCUGGUCUUGGCUUACCUGUAUUUUUAAUUUUCGUUGGUGGAAUUAUCAUAUGCGUGAGAAAACGUAAAGAAAAAUAUAAAGAACUGCACUUGGUGGUAAAUUAGAUUUUAAAUUAAAUAAUUUGUGUUUAAGUGUAUUUUAAAUGUGAGGAC